CUUCCUUCCGCGCCCGGGAGAGACCUGCAGGUCCGGGAAUUUCCCUGGCCCGGGGCUGUGAGCUUUCCCGCCCCGACCAUGGAUAAAAGGGGUGCUCCCGUCUCGGGGAGCCACAGAGCUCGCUCCGCCAGCAAUCCCGCCGGCCCUCCCGCUCCAGGCACCGCCGCCCCGACCCUCCGAGCUGAGCCCCAUGGCCCGCGCCGCCGCCGCCGCCGCCUCCCGCGCUCCCCGGCUCCUCCGGGCCGCGCUGCUGCUCCUGCUCCUGGUCGCCGCCGCCCGGCGCGCAGCAGGCGCGCCCGUGGUCUCUGAACUGCGCUGCCAGUGCCUGCAGACCGUGCAGGGGAUUCACCUCAAGAACAUCCAGAGUGUGAAGGUGACGUCCCCAGGCUCCCACUGCGCCCAAACCGAAGUCAUAGCCACUCUCAAGAAUGGACAGGAAACUUGUCUCAACCCCGAAGCCCCCAUGGUUAAGAAAAUCAUAGAAAAGAUGCUAAACAAGGGCAAAUCCAACUGACCAGAGGAAGGAGAAAGCUGAUCAGUGGCUGUACCUGGAGUAAGCCCUGCCCUUACAGGAAUCAAAGAGGAAAAAGAGAAAUGAAUCAUCAGCUCCCUAGGCCACCUGGAUUGGGCUUAAUAUGUUUGAGCAUCUCUAGGAGCAUUCCUCCAUUAAUUUAUUUAUUUAUUUGUUGAUUGAUUUUCAAAGAUUCUAUGUUAAUAUCUUACAUAUAAAAUAAUUAAGGAUGUGAUUGAAUCUACUUGUGCACUGUACCGUUAUUUUUAUUGUUUAUUUUAUGUCAAACCUAAGUUAGUACAAUCCUGAUUUUUAUUUAUUUUGAAGGUAGAAGGUUAGCAAAUGUCCUCCAGUCAUUAAACUAAUAUUUUUGAGGAGCCCAAAGCAUGCCAGCCUCUGUCACAGAGGCUGCGGGAUCUAAGCAAAUAGACAGUGAGGUCAUUGUCAGGGUGGGGGAAUGUAUAUGUAUAUCUAUUUUUGUAACCAUUUAAAAGAAUGUCAGCUAUUUAUUGAAGUGAUUUUACAGUAUUUGAUCAACAUUUCUCAUGUUGAAGCUUUAAGAACUGCAACGUUCUAAAUAUUCUUUGGACAUUUCAUGUCUACCUUGUAAGGCAUAAUGUCUUGUUUAGUGUUAAUUAUGCAGUAUUUCUUUAUGUCUUAGACCAGAGAGGUUUAAAUAUUUAUUGAUGAUUUUGCAAAAGCAUGACAAUAAAGUAUUUCAAGAU